AUGAACAGACGUAUGCUCUGCUUAGGCUUGGCUCUGGCAUUGACAUUAACUACCGCCACUGCAAUACAGAAUGCCAACACUUCCUCUCUUCCUCGUUUCUUUGAAAGGUUUUCUCUUACAAAAGAUCAUAUGUUGCCACCAGAGCAAAAUGGUGCUGAUCGGAGGGACCUUGAAGCUCUAAUCUCCUUUAAAAAUGGAAUUACAGCCGACCCAAUGCGAGCGCUGUCCACCUGGACUUCUACCAAUUCAGAAAAUGUGUGCUUCUGGAGAGGUGUUUGGUGUAGAAAGCAUAGCAAAAGAGUGGUGGCCAUAAUUCUCCCUCAAUUGGAAUUGGAAGGUACCAUGUCUCCAUCCAUAGGAAAUCUCUCCUUGUUACGCAUUUUAAAUCUCUCCUUCAAUUCUUUCAAGGGAAGGAUUCCACCUGAGCUUGGCCAGCUGAAAGCGUUGAGGAUACUUGACUUCGUGUUUAAUGGACUAGAGGGUUCCAUCCCCAAAACUCUUGCCAAUUGCUCUCAUCUCCAGUGGAUUAGACUUUCAUACAACUACUUGACGGGGAGCAUACCUGCAGAAUUUGGUGGUUUGGGGAAGUUGAAGAAACUCCGCUUAUCCUAUAAUCAUCUGAGCGGUAGCAUUCCAAAUUCUUUAGGAAACUGCACAUCUCUACUCUAUUUGAUACUUGACUCUAACUAUCUCACAGGGACAAUUCCAAAGGCCAUUGGAGAGCUCAGAUCUUUGGAACAAUUAUUGCUGUUUGAUAACAAUUUAACCGGAACUAUACCGCCCGAAAUAGGGAACUGCACAUCUCUUACUUUUUUGUCCCUCACCAAUAACCUUUUGACAGGUGAAAUUCCAGAGGCCAAUAAUGGAGAGCUCAAAUCUUUGAGAUCUUUGGCACUAAAUGCGAACUAUUUAACUGGUAAAAUUCCAAAGAGCAUCGGAGAGCUCAAAUCUUUGGGGUCUUUGUAUCUGAAUGAAAACAAUUUAUUUGGACCAAUACCACCUGAACUAGGAAACUGCACGAUUCUAUUGAGUUUGUGUCUCCAGAACAACCAUCUCACAGGUAAAAUUCCAAAGGCCCUUGGAGAACUCAAAACUUUGUCAAAUGUGUAUCUGUAUCGAAAUGAUUUAACUGGAGCUAUACCACUUCAACUAGGAAACUGCACGUCUCUAUUUAUUUUGAUUCUCAAUGACAACUAUCUCACAGGGAAAAUUCCAGAGGCCAUUGGAGAGCUCAAAUCUUUGGUAUAUUUGUAUCUGAAUGGAAACAACUUAACUGGACCAAUACCAUACAGUAUUGGUAAACUCUCCAGUCUUUCUGAGCUUAUCCUGUAUAACAAUAAGCUUUCGAAGAGUAUUCCUGAAAGUCUUGGUGAGCUGAUUUCACUACAGAAAUUAGAUGCAUCUAAUAAUCAGUUAACGGGGAAUAUUCCACCAUCCUUAGGGAAUUGCAAGCAUGUAACUGAUUUGGUUCUGACAGACAACUUUUUGUUUGGAAAAAUUCCACCAACAUUGAGUAACUGCACAGCCUUAAAGAGGCUGAAGCUCUCUAGCAACUCAUUUAAUGGAGAUGUUGAAAUCCAAUUUUCUUCUUCGAUACAAGUUUUGUCUGCCCAUUCUAAUAAUUUUUCUGGCACCCUGUCGGCAUCGUUGGUCAAUUGUACACAGCUUACUCUUCUUGAUUUCAGCAAGAAUAGAUUGGUAGGCGAGCUUUCUUCAUACCCUCUUGCAAAUUGUUUAGAGUUGAGGGUUAUAAGCCUUAGCUCUAAUGAGCUUAAGGGUGAUAUUCCUCUAUGGAUUACAAACCUCAGCAGGUUGCAGGUGUUGGAUUUAUCUAAUAAUAAAUUUGGUGGAAGAAUUCCCUCUACUCUAGAGGAUCUAAAGGGAUUUAAAGAUCCUAAAGUUUCACAACUGGGUGCCACUACGCUCUAUGAGGAUAUACCAGCCAUCAAAAUAAAAGGAUUUGAGUAUAGACUAGAAUAUGUGUUGGCAGCAAACACUAUACUGGAUCUCUCAAACAAUAAUUUAAAGGGAGAAAUACCCCCAUAUAUUGGGAAUCUUUCGCAAUUGAGGUUGCUCAAUUUGUCUGGAAACCAAUUGGAAGGUGUGAUACCAGCAUCUUUGGGGCAAAUAGAACCUCUGGAGCAAUUUGACUUGUCUCAAAACAGUUUGAAUGGGGAAAUACCCCAGGAGCUAUCUCUAUUAUCCAAAUUGAGCUAUUGGAAUGUAUCUUUCAACCAACUCUGUGGCCCAAUACCUGCAGGAAAACAACUUAUGACCUUUGAUGAGAGAUCUUACCAAGGAAAUCCUAAGUGUUUAUGUGGGUAUCCAUUAGAAAGUUGCAAACAGAAUAAAAGUUCAACAGUGCCUUCACCUUCAAAAACAGUGGGUAAAUCAGUGUGGAGUAAAGUGGAUGAACACAUCUCAUUGAUUGCUGUGGGAUUGGGAUUUGGGAUUGGACUGGGUGGAAUAAUGAUAUGGUGGGACAGACUUCUGCAUAUCAUGCGAGGCCCCAAAAUAAGAGGUUUAUGUACAAGUGCAGAUUCACAAACUUGUAGUUAG